AUGGCCGGUACGAGUGUCAGAUAUCCAGUGCAAGUGUCGGAUAUCCGGUACAAGUGUCAGAUAGCUGGCACAAGUGUCGGAUGUCCGGUAUACAAGUGUCAAAUAUUCGGUAUACAGGUGUCGGAUAUCCGGUACAAGUGUCAGAUGGCUGGCACAAGUCUCGGAUAUCCGGUAUACAGGUGUCGGAUAUCCGGUACAAGUGUCAGAUGGCUGGCACAAGUGUCGGAUAUCCGGUACAAGUGUCAGAUAGCUGGCACAAGUGUCGGUUAUAAGGUAGAAGCCUCGGAUAUCCGGUACAAGUCUCGGAUAUCCGGUACAAGUGUUAGAUAUCCGGUACAAGUGUCACAUAUCCGGUAUAAGUCUCGGAUAUCCGGUAUACAAGUGUCAAAUAAUCGAGUGUACCAGAGGACCCGCCAGAUCUGUAGACUGGCGGGCGGGCUAAUACAGGUGGCCACCGUUACACCAGCGACCUCCCUUUACACCAGCGACCGCCCGUUACACCAGCGACCUCCCCUUUACACCAGCGGCCGCCUUUACACCAGUGACCGCCCUUUACAGUCGACCGCCCUUUCCAGCGACGCUGCCCCCACCAGCAGCCGCCUUUACACCAGCGACCGCCCCUUUACACCAGCGACCGCCCUUUACACCAGCGACCGCCCCUACACCAGUGACCGCCCCUUUACACCAGCGACCGCCCUUUACCAGCGACCGCCCUUUACCGACCGCCUUUACACCAGCGACCGCCCCCACCGUCGACCGCCUUUACCAGCGACCGCCCUUUACCCAGCGACCGCCUUUACACCAGCGACCGCCCUUUACACCAGCGACCGCCCCUUUACCAGCGACCGCCCUUUACCAGCGACCGCCCCUUUACCCAGCGACCGCCCUUUACACCAGCGACCGCCUUUACACCAGCGCGCCUUUACCAGCGACCGCCUUUACACCAGCGGCCGCCCCUUCCCAGUGACGCCUUUACCGUCGCGCCUUUACCAGCGACCGCCCUUUACCAGCGACCGCCCCUUUACCAGUGACCGCCUUUGCCAGCGGCCCGCUACCAGUGACCGCCCUCCAGUGACCGCCCCACCGUCGACCGCUACACCGUCGACCGCCCCUUUACCACCGGUGACCUUUACCGCGGCCGCUCCAGCACCCAUACCAGUGACCGCCCCUUUACCCGUCGACCGCCCCUAUACACCAGCGACCGCCCUUUAUACCAGUGACCGCCCCUUUACACCGUCGACCGCCCCUAUACAGCGACCGGCCUUUACCGUCGACCGCCCCUUUACACCGUCGACCGCCCCUUUACACAGCGACCGCCCCUUUACCACCUCGACCGCCCUUACACCAGCGGCCGCCCCUUUACACAACGGCCCCCUUUACCAGCGACCGCUUACACCAGCGGCGCCUUUACACAACGACCGCCCCUUUACCGUCGACGCCCCUUUACCGUCAACCGCCUUUACCGUCGACCGCCCCUUUACACCGUCGACCGCCCCUUUACACCGUCGACCCCCUUUACACCGUCGACCGCCCCCUUUACACCGUCGACCGCCCCUUUACCAGCGACCGCCCUAUUCAUCUUACGCCGUCAUAUAA